AUGUCUCGAGUCGGUGUGUUAGUGUUAGGGCCUGCUGGUGCAGGUAAGAGUACGUUUUGUAAUUCCAUAAUAUCUCACAUGCAAACUAUAGGACGUAGAGCGCACAUUGUCAAUUUAGAUCCCGCUGCAGAACCAAAUAAAUACGAAUUUACGAUAGAUAUAAGAGACCUGAUUUCAUUGGAAGAUGUAAUGGAAGAAUUAGAACUUGGUCCAAAUGGGUCUUUGAUUUACUGUUUUGAGUACCUUUUAAAGAACCUUGACUGGUUAGAUGAAGAAAUUGGGGACUAUAACGAUGAAUUUUUAAUAUUUGAUUGUCCUGGCCAAAUUGAAUUAUAUACACACGUUCCAGUAUUACCUCAGAUCGUACGUCAUUUACAGGGCCAACUGAAUUUCAAUCUGUGUGCCACAUAUUUGCUUGAAGCACCCUUCGUGAUAGACACUUCGAAAUUUUUCAGUGGUGCCCUUUCAGCCAUGUCUGCCAUGAUAUUGUUAGAGCUACCACACAUUAAUAUUCUAAGUAAACUGGAUUUGAUCAAAGAUGACUUCAAUAAAAAGAAAUUGAAGAGAUUUUUGAAUCCAGAUGCAAUGUUAUUGGCUAACAGUGCAGACGAAGAAACGAAUCCAAAAUUCCAACAUCUAAACCAGUGCAUCGCUAACCUUGUAGACGACUUCGGCAUGGUGCAAUUUUUACCAUUGGAAGCAAACAACGCUGAAAGUGUCGCUACAAUCCUGUCCUACAUAGACGAUGUCACCCAGUGGGCAGAGGGACAAGAACCACAGGAGCCCAACGACCAAAUCGACAUCGAAGAAAUGUAA